AAAACCCACCUGCAAAGCUCUCUCUCCCCCAAGCUUAGCUCGUCUCGUCCCCUCACCCUUCUCCUUUCUCCUUUCUCCUUUCUCCUAUCUCCUACUACUUCUUACCACCCACUAGCUAGGUGGCUAGCUAGUUGCAGCCUUAGCAAAUUAAUUAAAGCCAUCCCUAAUACUCUCCAUCUGUUUCUUUGCCAAAAAAAAAAAAAAAACUAAAGUCUUCUUUUAAUUAAUUGUGUUCUGCGGAGGAAUUGAAGGAGAAUGUUUGAGCUCUCACUACCCAAUGGGCUUUAAGUUCAGGCAGAAGCUAGAAGCUAGAAGCUACCUGAAGGAUCGGAAGAAGACGUACCGGACACAAUGACAUGGAUAUUAAUUAUAUAUUCAAAGUCAUGGAGAUUGAAUUGAAGGUCCUUUCUUUCUUUUUCGGCUUUCUUCUUUCCAUGAAAAAGGCUUGCCAUUGCAGAGACAACCUCAGAGUCCACCACACCCCAUCAUAUACACUAUCUCUCUCUCUCUCUCUCUCAACACACACACACAGCAACUGUCUGCUUCUUCACUUCUCAAAAGACUGGACUAUUAAUUCUUCUAAUUAAUUGUUUACUCCUAACUCGCUAGGAGUCCAAAACAGUUACCAGCCGUUUUAAUUUAACCAUUUAGCUAGGCGUGUGAUUCUGAUCAUCGAUCUCCUGCUCUUCAAUUAGUUCCUUUCUCUAUUGGUCCCCAAACAAACAAACAAAGACAAUAUAGUAGAACAAAAAGAAAAAACAAAAAGAAUUAGGGAGAGAGACAGAGAGAGAACUAGGUAGCUAGCUAGGGAGGAAACCAAUUUAAAGAAAUGGAACUUUCAAGCCAAGAAGAGGAAAUCCCAAUCCCAAUAAGCAGCACAUAUGGCGGGGAGCAUGGGCGUGGACACGUGAUGCAUCAUGAUGAUGAUAUGCCUAUUCCUAGUGCAGCAGCAGCAGCAGCAAUCCACACUCACACCCACAUAGUGGUGCCUUCUUCUUCAGCGGUAACAGUACCCCAAAUAAUCCCCUCCUCCAAUUCCAUUAAUAUUAAUAUGAAUGGCAUACCCAGGGGUGAUCUGGAGGAGCGUAACAAGAAAGUGGUGAUCAGGUACAGGGAGUGCCUGAAGAACCAUGCAGCAGCCAUGGGAGGGAAUGCCACUGAUGGGUGCGGUGAGUUCAUGCCCAGCGGAGAAGAGGGAACCCUGGAAGCCCUUAACUGCUCAGCCUGCAACUGCCACAGAAACUUCCACAGGAAAGAAGUUGAAGGUCAUGAUCACCCUUCCUCCUGUGAUCAGCACUGCCACCCUCAUUUGGGCGGCAGCAGGUUCGGAAUUGGCAGGAAGCUCAUUUUGGGCCGAGAUAGAGGCCACCACCAUCAUCAGUACAAGACCAUAUUCGGGCCGUCAGAUCAUCAUCAUCAGCCCUUGGGGUACCCUACAGUUGGAGCUGGAGGAGGAGCAGCGGCAGCUAGCCAUGGCGCCCAGAUGGUAAUGCCCUACAACUACAACUACAACUACAACAUGGCUGGGGCGGGGUCCUUACUCCCUAAUUCAGAGUCUGACCAUGAGCAGGAAGACGGUGAUGGUGGUGGUGGGGUAGUUGUGGCCAGGCCAACCGCAGCAGCAGCAGUGCCUCAGCAUCAUCAAUUACUGGUGAAUAACAAUAAGAAGAGGUUCAGGACAAAGUUCACCCAGGAGCAGAAGGACAAAAUGCUGAGCUUCGCAGAGAAAGUUGGGUGGAAGAUUCAAAAGCAAGAGGAAGCUGCGGUGCAACACUUCUGCCAAGAAAUUGGAGUCAAGAGAAGAGUUCUCAAGGUUUGGAUGCACAACAACAAACACAAUCUAGCCAACAAGAACCCCCACCCGCAGGAACCUACUACUGCUUAAUUUUAAUUUUUUAUUAUUUUCUUCCUGCCUGCCUGCCUGCCUGCCUGCCUGCCUAGCUAGGCUAUACCUCCCCUUGCCCAACCUAGUUACUUGGUUACCCAGCUGAUCCAAAUUGCAUGUUUCCCCUAAUUUUCCUUUUUCUUUAUUUAAUUUCGUGUUAACUGUUUGUGGGUUUUUAAUUUCUUUUUUUUUUUAAUUAUUAUUUGGGGUGUUCUUAGUUAACUACAUCAUCAUUUCUUACUCCUGCCAAGGCAUAUGUAUGUUCAGAAUGUUCCUUCAUGGGUUCUCUUUAUAUUUAAAAUAUGGAUACGCAAUAUUGACUGUA